UUUUUUUUUUUUUUUUUUUUUUGUACUUUCGAGGUUUGAAACAUAAUAGAUAAAGCAGAUGUUCCGUUAUUCUAAAUAGUUGUAUAAUAUUUAAGUUAUAUAAGUUUUUAGUUCUUAAGUUGUAAUGUUAUAGUCUUUGUCGAAUAUUUUUCCAGUAGACAGAUUAGAAACAAAUCACAUACAGUUUUAUACAUUUUCAAACCAUUUUUUUAUACAGAGUACAAUUUUUUUGCGAUUUUAUUUAAUAAUAGGUUAAAUGAAUAAAAGUAAAUGCAAUAGCGAUGGUUUCUUUUAUGAUUAUUAAUUAGACAAUGCUGACGUCACGUUCUUCCCCUCCAAUGGCCAGGUCUUAAGUAUUGAAUUUUAAGUCGUUGUCACUGACGUCGCGUUGCUCUCGUCCAAUAAGCGAACGCUUGGCUCAUGAAUAUUCAGAUGCAAGCCUUCGCCAUAGUAGCGUCAGUCAGUCUGCCGUCAGGUGCCGUGAUUUCCCAGCAGCCCGGAUGUAGCGCGCAGUCUCCAGCGUCAAUCCCGGAGAAUAACAUGGCACGGACAACCACAUAACAUCUCAAUUCCCUCCAUAACAUUCCCACAGAAGUGGAGCACAUCAGUGACAGGACAUGUGAGGAGCUUCCCAGCGGCAGUAGGUUUUUCCAGCUUUUCCAACAUGUUUGGAAAGAAGAAGAAGAGGCUGGAGAUUUCGGCCCCUUCCAACUUCGAGCACCGCGUCCACACGGGCUUCGACCCGCACGAGCAGAAGUUCACCGGCCUGCCGCAGCAAUGGCAGAGUCUGCUGGCCGACACGGCCAACCGGCCCAAACCCAUGGUGGACCCGUCCUACAUCACACCCAUACAGCUCGCCCCCAUGAAGAUAUCUCCCAAGAAAGUCCGGUUGGCUGAGUCGCCGUUGCGAAAAACCAUUGUCCGUGGUAGCCGGCCGCCCAAGGACGCCUCCAUCAACGGCCUGCUGGAGGAGUUUGACAGCAUCUCCGUGACCCGCUCCAACUCUUUGAGGAAAGAGAGUCCGCCCGGAGCCCAUCAGGCCAGUGGCAGCAAACCAGCGUCUGCGUCCACGUCCAACACCGGCGGGCCGGAGGAGAACGGCUUCGGACACUAUUAUGGCCGCUACUCGUGCGACCUGGACAGCAGCAAGGACUUCUCACUGGAUCCGUUCCGUGUCCAUGACGGGGAGUGGCCGGUCGGACGGCACUACCGCUUCUCCCUUAAACAGAACGGCCAUCCAAUCCGGAGUCCCUUCUAUCCCGACGCCAUGCCGCAGAAGUCUUCGGACUACGCCAAGAUGCCUCCGGACUACCACGCCUACCUGGAGAGCAAGAUGCGGCUGUCCACCGACGAGAUGGCCAUGGGCAGCCGGAGGGACUACUACCGGGCUUCUCUGGGGGGAUCCAGUCAGGAUUACAGGGAACAGCCGCUGGGAACGCCGUCUCGGGUCUCCAUCCACAGUGAGCAGAUGACCUACCCCGAUGGAGACUGGGGAUACGGAGCGGGACUGAGGGAGGACUACGACAAGAGGCCCAAGUCCUCAUACAUCAGUCAGACGAGUCCUCAGCCGGCCAUCCGGCAGCGCUCCAGGUCAGGAUCUGGCCUGCAGGAGCCCAGCGUGCCGUACGGCAUCAGCGCAUUUAAAGCGGCGCCGCAGGGGUCGUACAGCUCAUACACGUACCCCAGACUGUCAGAAAACACGUCUUCGCUCGUCAUAAGCAAGGGCGACUAUGAGAGAGCGUCUCGAGACGGGAGUCCGCAGGUGCCGGGGGGCGAGGCGUACCCGCGCAUGCCCCUCAAACUACCUCAGAGCCACGGCAAGCCCGCUUACCCGGCCAGUUUCCAGUACCCGCCGCCCUUCCACUACAAGCCGUCGCCGUACCACCACCCGCCAUCCCAGCCCAGCCCUCCCUACACCCCGCAGGGGGCGCACUCGCAGCCCUCCUCGCCCUACAUCCCGCCCGGCGCGUAUCCCCCACCCAGCUGGGGCUCGUCCUCGGAGCAGCCGCCCUCCAGGGUUUCCCACGAGCAGUUCCGGGCGGCGCUGCAGCUGGUGGUGAACCCGGGCGACCCGCGCGAGUAUCUGGACAACUUCCUGAAGAUCGGAGAGGGAUCCACGGGCAUCGUGUGCAUCGCCACCGAGAAGCACAGUGGGAAGCAGGUGGCCGUUAAGAAGAUGGACCUGAGGAAACAGCAGCGACGAGAACUUCUGUUCAACGAGGUGGUCAUCAUGAGAGACUACCAUCACGAGAACGUGGUUGACAUGUAUAACAGUUAUCUGGUCGGUGAUGAACUCUGGGUAGUGAUGGAGUUCUUGGAGGGCGGAGCCUUGACUGACAUCGUCACUCAUACGAGGAUGAAUGAGGAGCAGAUCGCCACCGUUUGUCUGUCGGUGUUGAAGGCGCUGUCGUACCUCCACACGCAGGGCGUCAUUCACCGAGACAUCAAGAGCGACUCCAUCCUGCUCACCAGCGACGGACGCAUCAAGCUCUCUGAUUUCGGCUUCUGUGCUCAAGUGUCCAAAGAGGUUCCCAAGAGGAAGUCUCUGGUGGGAACGCCGUACUGGAUGGCACCAGAGGUCAUCUCCAGGUUACCCUACGGCACUGAGGUGGACAUCUGGUCUCUGGGCAUCAUGGUGAUCGAAAUGGUGGACGGAGAACCUCCGUACUUCAACGAACCUCCGCUGCAGGCCAUGAGACGCAUACGAGACAACCUGCCGCCGCGGCUCAAAGAGUCUCAUAAGGUGUCGUCGGUCCUGCGAGCCUUUCUGGACCUGAUGCUGGUGCGCGAGCCGUCCCAGCGUGCAUCAGCGCAGGAGCUCCUGCAGCACCCGUUCCUGAAGCUGUCUGGACCGCCGUCCUGCAUCGUUCCUCUGAUGCGGCACUACCGGCACCGCUGAAGCACCGCUGGAGCCACGCAAGCGCUUUCAUUAUUACCAGAACAGCAGGGCGGUGGCAUCUCGGGCCGCUGGCGUUUGGUUUGAUCCCGCGCUGGAUCCGUGCGGCGAUACAGUAGAGUCUCUUAACCAACAAGCGUCUUUUUCACUGUCGUCUUCUCACGCUAACUAUUUUAGAGCAAUUGUAAGUUUUACUUGUACAGUUUUGAUAAACAGCAGUAUUUUUGUUGUGAUGUUAUCAUGGUGAACUGGGCAGUAUUACAUAGAACUUGAGAGUUUCUGCAAAAUAAUAUUAAUAAUAAUGAUGAGAAUAAUAAAAAACUUUCCUACUGUUUAUAUUUAAUUUUUUUGAAGAUGGUCAUUUAAACUCCCUGUUGCAGACAGAUGAAUCUGAAUAUAUUUAUUUAUUCUACAUUUGUAGAUACUGCCGCCCGUCAUGCCAGAGUUUUCUACGCUGUAUUGAUUUCUGAUUUCUCAGUAGUGUGGCCUUUUUCAUUCUCAUCGUUGGACGACAACCCGUCUGAUCGUGUUUAAAUCACCGACACUUCAUUCAUCCGACCUCUAGCAAUAUUAACGUGUUUGGCACAAUAAUCAAUCACGCGUGUUUUCUAGUCUCCGUCUCACCCGUGUCUCAUUGGUCACUGUGAUCUGUAAAUAUGAACGUGUGUUUCUGGCAUCACCUGUAGAAAUAUACAGAUCCAGCUGUCAUGUUGCUUUUGUACAGUGAUCUUGCAUGUGUGUCACGAAAAGCUGCUUUCAAUAAAAAACACAAAUAUG